AAAAUAAUUCGCUUGGGAGGGAUAUGGACUUCUCCCACUUACAAAAUUUAGUGCGCAUGAGUCCAGUUGAUUUUGAGAAACUGCUCACUAUAAUUGGGUCAAAAAUUACGAAGCAGGUGACCAACUUCCGUGAACCAAUCCCGGUAUCCAACCGACUAGCAGUCACACUGAGAUUCCUAGCAACAGGGGACUCAUACACAAGUUUGCAGUACUUGACAAAAAUCUCAAAGCAACAAAUCAGUGAAAUAGUCAUCCAAAAGGACGAUCAUCUUCGCGCUCGCGGCGUUCCCGCGAAAAAAGAUCGGAUCGUUCUGUUCCUUGCGUUACCGUGUCUGAACAUGUCGAAUACGUACUCAAACUGCUCGCACCGUUCGGCUCGUUCUGUUCGUUCGUCAAAAACGCUCAAGUGCGUACCCAGCUUUAGAUUGGCGAUACAAUUGAUAAUGGUCUGA